AUGAUGGCAAAAAAUUCCCUGGAAGGGUCUAAAGAAGACCUGAGCAAAAUUUCGGAAGAGGAGAUGCUGAGGUGGAGCAAGGAAGAGCUGGUGAAAAGACUAAGGAAAGUGGAGAAUGAAAAGAUGAACUUAAUGGUGGAACACGGCAACUUAAUGAAGGACGUGAACCGGCGGCUGCAGCUCCACCUGCAUGAGAUCCGCGGGCUGAAGGAGGUGAACCAGAAGUUGCAGGACGACAACCAGGAGCUGAGGGAGCUCUGCUGCUUCUUGGACGACGACCGGCAGAAAGGCAAGAAGCUGUCGAGGGAAUGGCAGCGCUUUGGGAGGCACACGGCCAGCGUGAUGUGGAAGGAGGUGGGCAUGUACCAGCAGAAGCUGAAGGACCUGGAGGCGAGGCAGGAGACCCUCCUGCGGGAGAACGUGGAGCUGAAGGAGAUGGUGCUCAUGCUGGACGAGGAGCGGAGCGGG